AUGACCUCCUACGUUUUCCUGCUGUGCAUUGUGGUUGCAGUGGUAUGUUAUACACGUUCAUUACCUCUGCCGACGCUAUCAGCAGUCGAAACACACACAUUUCGAUGGAUAAUCGAGGUUGAUUUGAACGGAACUAACUGUGCUGUUCCAAACAUAACCGCAUAUUUUCCAAACGAUACAUUGCUUGUUGAUCCUGAUUCAAGUACACUUCAUGAUUCUUUGAUACUCCUGAACGCAGUCUUCUCACAAGAAGAUCAACAAGUUAUUUGUCAUGGGAAUAAUUCUCUUUUUGUGCUCGUCGGCAAUCCGGGUAUGAUAUGGCAUCCUCUAACUGGCCAAUGUGUACACUCAAAAAUGAUGAAUAUUUCUGCAUCGGCACCUGGUGAAGACACCACAGGACCAGCUGACUUUAUGAGAUUAUUUUCGAUGACGAAAUGCCAAUCAGCCGUUGGACUUGUUACAUCGUCGAAUGGUGCUGUUAAUUCUAAUUUUGUUCCAUUGUCUAAAGUAGCAUCGACACGUUCGAUCANCUGA